AAGUGGGUGGGGUAUGCCGUGGCCCCGCCCGAGCCCCCUUGCGUCCGGCUCCCGCCAGUGUCGCUGCGGUUCUGCCGGGGGAGCCUGCGCGCGCCCAGCGGAGGAGGAUGCGGCGGCUCCCGGGGUUCGGGGGGCUCAGACCGCUUUUCUGCCUCUUGCUAUUGACCUCUCGCCUUGGGGGCAGCAGCGCCACCAGCGCCCACGGCUGCCUGUUUGACCGUAGGCUCUGCUCUCACCAGGAGGUCUGUAUCCAGGAUGGUUUGUUUGGACAGUGCCAGACGGGUGCGGGGAGAGUCCGGCCCCUGCUGCAGGUCACCUCACCCAUCCUCCAACGAUUGCAAAGUGUGCUUCGGCAGCUUAUGUCUCAAGGACUAUCCUGGCAGGAUGACCUCACUCAGUAUGUGAUAUCCCAGGAGAUGGAGCGGAUCCCCCGGCUCCGACCACCAGACCCUGGUUCCAAGGACAGAUCCGGCCUGGCAUCCCGGAGACCGGCUCUCCCUGGGGAGUUGCUUCCAGCCGGCCCCCCCACGGGCUCCAGCCCUGCAGCCCAACAUCGACUUCAGAGGCCUCUGCUGGGCGGGGGUGGGGGUGGGGCUGGGGCUCUGCUGCCUUCCCUCCCGGCUGACCUGCUGCCUCCACUCCUGGAGCAUCUGCUGCUGCCCCCGCAGCCCCCACUCCCUGCCCUGAGCUAUGAGCCCACGCUGCUGCAGCCCUACCUAUUCCACCAGUUUGCCUCCCAGGAAAGUUCCCGAGCCCUGGAGAACCCCCCGGGGCUGGUCACAGUAGUCCCUCAGCCGAAGGCCGAGGCCCCGGCCCUCUUCAGCAGAGCUGCUUCUAAGAAUGCGUUUGGUGCCCACCCCAGCCUUUCCUACAGGAACCCUCCAGGGCCUGUAUCUGCUCAGCUGUUCCAAGACCCUGGACUCCUCUACCUGGCCCAGGAGCCCCCCGCUUCAGGCAGGCUCAAGGGUCAAAGGCUACAAGAACAGGCAGGCAACAGCCAGGGCGGAGACUCUCCACAGACCUAUGGGGAGGAAGGGAUAGGGGGCACUGGGGAGCGGGAACCAGAGCCUCCUGCUUUAGUGUCUCUAUCACCAGGCCCCCAACCAGAUGUGGUUCUGCAGAGACUGGCAGCAGUGCUGGCUAACUAUGGGGUAGAGUUAAAGCAACUGAGUCGGGAGCAACUCAACAGCCUCUACGCUCUAAUGCAGCUUCUGCCCAAGGGUGCGGGGAAGAACCGGGGUGAAGCUGAAAAUUCUGAUGCUGUGAGCAAGAAAAUAAUGGAAGGAGACAUGCAGCACACGGGAGACAGUGGAGAAUCCCCCUCUGCCACGGCCUCCUUAUCUGAACUCCCUGCUGGUGGCGGCACCCCAGUUCUUGUCCAGGGGGCCGACGUGGCAGGCCCCUCAGAGCCGCCCCCUUCCCUUGGCAUGCCUGUCCUGAUGGAGAAGAAAAGUCCAUUGAGUCCGAAAGGACUGUCUGGGGGAGAUCAGCCCCCGGCUCACUCUGCAGAGGAGUAUGGCUACAUAGUGACUGACCAGAAGCCCCUGGGACUGACCGCUGGAGUCAGACUGUUGGAGACCCUGGCAGAACACAUCCACAUGUCUUCUGAGAACUUCAUCAAUAUCAGCGUGGUGGGAUCAGCCCUCACCUUUCGAAUCCGGAACAAUGAGCAGAACGUGUCUUUGGCUGAUGUGACGCAGCAAGCUGGACUGGUGAAGUCAGAGCUGGAAGCAGAGACAGGGUUCCGAAUCCUACAGACAGGGGUGGGCCAGCGUGAAGAAGCAGCUGCCGUGCUGCCCCGGCCGGCCCGAGGGACCCCUCCGCUUCGCUCGGUGCUGCUGACCCUGGUGGCCCUGGCAGGUGUGGCAGGGCUGCUCGUGGCUGCGGCCUUGGCCGUCUGUUUGCGGCAGCAUGGGCGACUUCGGGAAAAGGAACGCCUGGCAGCCCUGGGGCCCGAGGGAGCCCACGCAGACACCACCUUGGAGUACCAGGAGCUGUGCCGCCAGCACAUGGCCAGCAAGUCUCUGUUCAGCCGGUCCGAGGGACCUCCAGAGCCUUCGAGGGUGAGCAGCAUCUCCUCUCAGUUCAGCGAUGCUGCCCAAGCGAGCCCCAGCUCCCACAGCAGCACCCCGUCGUGGUGCGAGGAGCCCGCCCAAGCCAACAUGGACAUCUCCACGGGACACAUGAUCCUGGCCUAUAUGGAGGACCACCUGCGAAACCGGGACCGCCUGGCCAAGGAGUGGCAAGCCCUGUGUGCCUACCAGGCAGAGCCCAAUGCCUGUAGCCUGGCCCAGGGCGACGCGAACCUCAAGAAGAACAGGAACCCUGACUUUGUGCCCUAUGACCAUGCUCGAAUCAAGCUGAAGGUGGAAAGCAGUCCUUCUCGGAGCGAUUAUAUCAACGCUAGCCCCAUUAUUGAGCACGAUCCUCGGAUGCCAGCCUACAUCGCCACCCAGGGCCCGCUCUCCCACACUAUUUCGGACUUCUGGCAGAUGGUGUGGGAAAAUGGCUGCACGGUCAUCGUGAUGCUGGCCCCCUUGGUGGAGGAUGGAGUCAAGCAAUGUGACCGCUACUGGCCGGAUGAGGGCUCCUCCCUCUAUCAUGUCUAUGAGGUGAACCUGGUCUCAGAGCACAUCUGGUGUGAGGAUUUCCUGGUGCGAAGCUUCUACCUGAAAAAUGUGCAAUCCCAAGAGACUCGGACCCUCACUCAGUUCCAUUUCCUCAGCUGGCCAGCUGAGGGCACCCCAACCUCGACUCGGCCCCUGCUGGACUUCCGCAGGAAGGUGAACAAGUGCUACCGUGGACGAUCCUGCCCUAUCAUUGUGCACUGCAGUGAUGGAGCAGGGAGGACUGGUACUUAUAUCCUCAUUGACAUGGUGCUGAACCGGAUGGCAAAAGGAGUGAAGGAAAUUGAUAUUGCUGCUACCCUGGAGCAUGUUCGAGAUCAGCGGCCCGGACUCGUCCGCACCAAGGACCAGUUUGAAUUUGCACUGACAGCAGUAGCAGAGGAAGUAAAUGCCAUCCUGAAGGCUCUGCCUCAGUAAACAAACCCACUGUUUCUGCUUCCUGCCCCUCCUGUGGGCAUGGUUCAAUCCCUGUGCUCUUUAAUGGUCUGUACAAGCAUCUCUAUCCUAUGCCAGCAUCCCCUGCUCUGUAUCUCCUGUUCCACUUCCCAGAGCUGAAUCUGAGCCCUCUCCAAAAAAUGGAAUGGGAGUCAGACUCUUCUCCUACACAUCCCGAUCUCGGGGAUUUCCACAUUCAGGAACCCCAGGUUCCACUAACGGGCAGUUGUCUGAAAGAUAAGAGAAGGGGGGGGGGAAGGGAGAGCAUAAAUUUAUACCUACAAGCUUCUUCCUUUCUUCUUCCACCUGGCCUUCCAGUUCCCAUCUCCCCAAGGACCCCAGGGCCAGGAGGGAUUGCCUCUUAUUGUACACCUUUAGUAUGAGUAAAAAUAUUGGGGGUCAGGGAAGCUUCCAGCCUUGAACUCCACUCCUCCUAUCUAACCAUUCUCCCAGGCCUACUCUCAUUUUCCUACCUUAUAAAAACCUUACCUCAAGCCCAAACUCCCCCUGGGGAGGAGGAUCCAGGCAUCUGGCAUCCUGCCCUUUCUGGACCAUCCCUCCCCUAUCUCCUCACCCCACCACCCCACCAAAUGACUGUCUCUCAACUCCUUUUCCCUCCAGUGUUCAUCAACCUUUCUAGAAAGAUCUAAUUUUGUAUCAAUGUGAAUAAAGUCCAUGUUUUGUCUGUGCAACUGCAA